AUCUAUUUCUCGGACAAAUGAUUGAGAUAUGUUAGUUUUCAGUCAGAAAUUUGUUCAAACAUUUUAUCAACAACUGAAAUACGUUAGUUUUCAGUCACAAAAAAUACGUUAGUAUUUUUGGCAGUUAUCAUAAUUAUGAUGGUAUUCUUAGUUUAUUAAGAGCAGAAUACGGUAGUAUUCUUACCUAUUUUUGUUCGAUCGAACUGCAAGAAAUAAACUAUUGUUUAGUCAAGGGAAUACGUUAGUAUUUCCAUUUUUAAAGCAUAAUAUGCUAGUAAAGCUUCGGCAGAUUACUGUGUUUUUGAUAAGGUUAUAACACAUUGACUAAUCUGUCAGUUGAUUUAAAUGAAAAAUAUUUACACUUGAUGUUUUGGUUAAAUGUUUCUAAUACUUCCUUUUACACACAUUUAUGUUUUCAUUAAAUUUUAAUUUCCAGCCAUUAUGCCUCCACAGCGGAAACGAAAAGCACCUGCACGUUUUAGUGAUAAUGCCGGACAAAAUCGCCCUAGACGGCCACCUCAUCAGCCUCCUGUGGAAAGUCCCAGCCUACUUGGGGACCCCUCCGACACCCCGCUGCAGGCCAGUGUCCAGAGACAAAUGAUGAGAGACAUAAUGUCCGAAAUGGUUCCAACCGUAACCAAAGCCGUGGUUGACACCUUAAUAGAAAUGAAAGUAGUGGAUCCCAUGUCACAUGCCUCUCCUUCUGACCCUGCUAUUCCAUUACAAGAAAAUUUAAAUGGUGCUAUGUAUCCAGAUCAACGUCCUCAGGAACAUCCUGUUACAGCUACCAGGCCAGGUAGAACAAUUUUUGCAAGAAUGUCCGUUUCAUCACCCACUACAAAUGGCGGUUCCACCAUCCAGUGUGACACUUUGACUGAAAUUUCCCAAAGGCUUCUUCACAAUGCUUUGGCAACAUCAAGUCAGCUCACUUAUAAUAAAGCAGUGGAACAUUACAGGCGCUUCAUUCUAGAGAGGUCACCAUCACGUACACUUUUUCCAGCCUCUUUAAAUGAUAUUCUUAUGUUUAUUGCACAUUGUUUUUCGAAGAAUUUUGCGCCUGCAACUGUUACCACAUAUGUAUCUGCCCUUGGUUAUUUCCACAGACUAAGACAAAUGCCAGACGUUUCUGGUCAUUUCCUGAUUAACAAAUCUUUGACUGGUUAUCGAAAUCUCUUGAAGCGUCCAGAUAUCAGGUUACCAAUUACUCGAAAUAUUCUAUGGUCUCUCGUUCAAUCUCUGCCACGCAUAACUCUAUGUCAUUUUACAAGAACACUGUUUAAAGCCAUGUUUCUUGUUAUGUUCGCCUGCUUCUUACGUCUUGGGGAAGUAACAGCAACAUCUUCCCCUCCACUCCUUCACAGGUCACAUGUCUCCUUCAAAUAUAAACACCCCACAGGUGAACUGAUUGGCUUUGACUUGACUAUAAAAGAUUAUAAACACAGUCAUGGUUCCCAAAAACAAUUCUUUGUUCCUGCACAGCAUGAUUCUAAUACUUGCCCAGUAUAUUCUUUGAGGUCAUAUCUAAACUUACGCAAAACAUCAAGUGGUCCGCUCUUUGCAUUUAUGAAUGAUUCCCCUAUUCCCCGUUCCUAUUUUGACCGCCAUCUUCGCCUAGCUCUGACAUACUUAGGUUUUGAUCCUUCAAAGUAUAAAGGUCACAGUUUCCGCAUAGGUGCUGCAACUACAGCAGCGGAAACAGGUUUUUCGGAAACACAAUCCAACAAAUGGGGCGCUGGUCAUCCACAGCUUUCCGUAAAUAUAUCCGUAUCCCUACCUUACACUGUUAGUGUACUGUCCCUGGAUUAAACUCAACUAUAUCGCUAUCUUGGGGACAAGGGCCUCAGACUAGCAUAAUCGUUCACAUUCCUAAGGUACACAUUAAUACCACAUCUUCUGUCUUGGGGACAAGGGCCUCAGACAGUAUGAAUCAUUGGUGAAAUACUUGCAAAUCUUGAGGACAAGGGCCUCAGAAAGGUUUUUCUGAAAAUUUCUGCUGAUAAUUUUGUUAAAUCUCUGUUGUAUAAUAAUUGAUUUUCUUGGGAACAAGAGUCUCAGAAAAUCAAAUGGUAUUUUUCAGAAAAUAUUACUUUUGUUGUAUUUUUGUGUUUUCUUAAUAAAUGUUUUUAUGUGUUAGUCAUAGCUUUUUAUAAAACACUAGUCAAUUGUCUUUUUAAUGUAUAUAUCAGGGUUCACUUUUAUAUUUUAUGUUGCAACAUAUUUUCGUAGUUUUUUGUUGGCGGAUAUUGCAAACUAGGUUUGCAACAUGUGGCGUUUUGAUGGUUAACCAACAUUUGAUUUCUCUUACCAUACAUGCAUAAUAGUUGAUAUUUUUUGCAUUGUUGCAUAAUUGUAUUUCUAACAAUUGCAUUCAUUUGAAAUGUUAUGUUGUUUUAAAUUUGUAUGUUUUACUAUUAUGCAUUGUUCACAUUUAGUCAUUUAAAUAGCAUUAAAUGACAAUUUCACUAUA